AUGAGUCAGAAAAGACCUGCAUAUACUCGAACACCCAGCGCGCUCAACACGAACCCCAACCCCAAACGAAUCAUACAAGAGAUUAUACGGUCCGACUCGCCAGUGACGAGUAUUGGGGAGACCGGCACGUAUAGCGGUUUAUAUAACAUGCCCAGCUCGGAUACGCAAAGCCAAGAACCGUCGUGUUCGGAAGCUAGCUCCUCAAAACCGUUGCCCGGACAAGCGAAACUUUACAAGUCUCCCAGAGG